AUGGCGAGCUGAGCAUUGCUCCCGUCGACGGCGGUGCCUGGGUCCAGUUUUCGUUUCAUGCAGGGUCCGAGGGGAAGGCGUCGACCGAUCCGCGACGUCGGGGCGGGCGUCAGAGGAGUCCAUCAGAUUGAUUGCUGCGUCGGUGCACCCAACACCGCAAGAUGCCCAUGGUGGACUGCUGCCGAUGGAGUCGGCGAUCGAGUGCAGCGUCCGGAGCACCGUUGCUUCCGAGCCGGCCGAGCUCACCGGCCACACUUGCCUAUCUUGAUUCGGCAAUUCGGGGCUUGGCCAGGUCAUGACGCUUGAGAGAUCCAAGUGCAGCGGGACGAGCGCACAGCGUUCCUCGUUCACUCCACCACAGCGCACGACCACCAUCCCUCCGAAACAACCCCACCAACUCGCCGCCCGCAACGUGUCUGUCGCCAGUGUCUCGCCGCCAUGCCUCUCCGCAACCCUUUCCGUCGCGCCGGUGGCGUAGAAGUCCUCGACGAUUCUCAGCGGGGCGCCGCGGAACGUGGAUUUCAGAACACAGCAGUGUCCGGCGCGAAGCCUGUCCAGAUCAAAGAACCCGCCGAGUACAAGUUGAGUGAGAUCAACGGCAGCGGGGUCUAUCUACCACCUUCCCCGCCGGAGAAGCCCACUUUCUGGCACUCGAAAUCCAAUACCUCCACAACGUCAUCGAAUCACAGAAGCCUGCUCAGCGAGAACGAGCCGUUCAGCAUUUCGCGAGAAAGUUUCGAAUCCUACAGGAGGUCAUUCGACAUCUCUGCUCGCUCACCGAUCCUAGAUUGUCUCGACACUCGGCCCCGCCAAUCGCUCGAUGCUCGGCGAUCGCUUGAUGCGCGACGCUCCCUCGACGUACGCCGCUCGCGAGCGCAGCCACGGUCAUCGUUACAGGACCGUCGCCCUGAUAACGCAGAGGACAUGACUGCUGAAGAAGGUUUCGAAGACGUCGGUUUGAAUGACGAACCGAAGCCCCAGAAGAAGCGCGGAAUCUUUUCGCGCUUUGGCGACAGUGAUAAUAAGGACUCCACGCAGGACGAACGCCCGUCCUCCAGCCAUCACCACUUCACCUUUACAGGCCGGAAGAGGGCGCAGAGCGGGCAAGGCUCCGAGCUAAAGAGUAUGGGAAACCCGGGCCCGCAGAAGCAAGCGACCGAGGUGCCCGUUGAAGCUCGAUGAGGACUCAUACACAUAGUACGCCGUCUUUGAGAGGAAUAUGAUGCAUCAGUGGAGUCUUUCGGCGGUCGACGGAUGGAUUGGUGACGAAGGCUUUCAGGCCACAUUUUCCGACGACGCUUUAGGUGCGAAACCUUUAGGGUGCGGAUGGGAGUUCGCAAUCUUUCUGGCGUUUUGGGGAAUCGCUUUCAGCAGCAUACCCUGCAUCAUGCAUUGGGCUGGGGGAAAGACGGGUUGGGCUGCAUCCACAAUCGCUACCUACAGUAAGGGCGUUUUGUGUCUUUCCACGCGCAUAUUAAAGGUAUCAUCUCACAUUGCCUACCUAAUAAUGAACCUCAAUUUCUGGUCUUCUAACUCGCCUCUUACACAAGCUUUUCCGGUUAUCCCAUAUCGCUUUACCCCUCGUAUCUCGUCUAUGUUCUUCACAUGCGUGUAGCUCGUCCCCUUUUCUGUGCAUGUUCAUAGUCUCAUU